AUGGCCAAUUCCUUCCUGCUCAUACUUUUACUCUUUUCUUACACUUGCUGCUAUGGUUACACUGAACUCGAACUCCUACUAAAACUGAAGUCAUCUUUGGUAGGAUCUCAGGGAUCAGGCCUUGAAGAUUGGAAACAAUCUUCAUCUGCAAAGUCGCAUUGCUUGUUUUCAGGCAUCGCGUGUGAUGAAAGCUCUCAAGUGAUCUCUCUAAAUAUUUCCCAUAUUCCUCUGUGUGGGUCAAUCCCACCCGAAAUUGGACAGUUCAGCCAACUUCUAACUCUGGUUUUAGCAGCCACCAAUCUAACAGGCACUCUCCCGCCACAAAUCACAAACUUAACCUCCUUACGACUCCUCAACAUCUCAAACAACAACAUCAGCUCACAUUUCCCUUUAAUCAGCAAAAUGACUCAAUUAGAAGUUUUGGACACUUACAACAACAACUUCUCUGGGCCACUUCCUGAAGAAGUUGCAAGCCUUAAAAAACUCAAGCAUCUGAGUUUAGCAGGAAAUUACUUCUCAAGUGAGAUCCCACCUGUAUACUCUAAUCUUCAAAAAUUGGAGCAUUUAGGACUAUCUGGUAAUUCACUUACUGGUAAACUUCCUUCGAGUUUGUCACGUUUGUUGAAUCUCAAGCAGUUGUAUGUGGGCUAUUACAAUACUUUCGAAGGAGGGAUUCCUUAUGAGUGGGGAUCCUUGAGGUCGCUACAAGUUCUUGAUGCCGCUUCCUGUGGCCUUUCAGGCACAAUCCCUUUAAAUUUAAGGUAUUUGAGUGAAUUAGAGGUUCUUGUUCUGCAACAAAACAACAUUAAAGGUCAUGUACCAGCGGAAUUAGGUAGUCUAACCAACUUAACAACGCUUGAUCUAUCUCAUAAUUUACUCACUGGUGUAAUACCAGAAAGUUUUGGCCAGUUGAACAAACUUGAAUUUUUCAACCUAUUUAAUAACAAAAUGGAUGGUAAAAUCCCUGAUUGCAUCUCUGAGCUCCCUAAUCUUAGGGUAUUACAGCUAUGGGGGAACAAAUUCAACUCUCAACUUCCAGAAAAUCUUGGGAAAAAUGGAAAGCUUGGCUGGUUGGAUGUUGCAAUGAAUCAAAUUAUAGGUCCGAUUCCAAAACAACUAUGUAAAGGAGGGACACUGCAAGGACUAAUCUUGUUUGGAAAUUCCUUUUCGGGUCCUAUUCCUGAAGAGCUAGGUACCUGCACAAGCUUGGUUCGGGUAAGAUUAGCAUCAAACUCGUUGAAUGGAUCGAUUCCACCUCGAGUAUUGAACUUACCAAAUGCCAAUAUUAUUGAGCUUAACCACAACAAGUUGGUAGGUAAAAUUCCAUUGUUUAUCUCAGGAGAUUCUCUCGAAACUCUAGACCUAUCGAACAACUCCAUCACCGGAAACAUUCCUCUGUCUAUUCAGAACUUGGUUGGCUUACAGAAACUUUUUCUAGGAAGUAAUAAAUUAUCAGGGGACAUUCCUGAUGAAUUAUUCAGCCUGAAAAACAUAUCGGUCAUCGAUGUAAAAAGUAACGGCAUAAAUGGGGAGAUACCAAAAUCAAUAGAAAAUUGCACAUCCCUGAUCUCCUUAGAUAUCAGCAGGAACAACCUUAGUGGAAGAAUCCCACAUGAUAUCUCUAAGCUGAAGAUAUUGAGCAGUCUAAAUCUGUCAGAUAACCAUUUGAUUGGUGAAAUUCCUACUGAAAUGCAGAAUAUGACUAGCUUAGUAACACUUGAUCUUUCCUAUAACAACUUGUCUGGUAGAGUUCCAUCUGAAGGACAGUUUGCUUUCUUUAAGACAAAUUCUUUUCUUGGUAAUCCAAACCUCUGCUCUUCAUCUCAGUUAAUUUGUGCUUCAUCAGCUGAAUGGAGCUCGAAUCAUGGAUUUCGACUAGGAUCAUGCUAUUGGUUCAAGACUAUCCUCCUAGUUGUCAGUAGUACUUUUUUCUACGUAUUCUAG